AUGUUGGCGAGCGCUCGAGACUUUAAAUAUCUUCGCCAGCCUCCUUUGGAGCCCCUCGACAACCUCGACCCCCAAUACCCUGACAACGCAAGUCCUCAUCCUCCUUCCUGGACCGGACGCAAGAGGGAAAAUCUCUCACCAUCACGUACAUCCGUACAUCUUCGAACUCCACCCGAGCUACAUCGAGAGGUUCGGACUGACACAUCAAAAUUCUCCUUCCGCGUUGAGAAGACCUCGCAGCCAUCUCAAGAAAGAAACCAUGUCCUUGUCAGGACUGCGGGUGAACUUGACCGCUGGCUCUCAAACAGGAAAGUUGUCGGGGCCGACGUGCGCGCAUACAUCCCUCCAUCCAUCCAUCUAUCUCAUCACAUCCAAACAUCGAUAACAUCCUCUUCAAGGUGUAUCAACCAAGGUGGCAGAUUGCAAGUUAACGCGUUAAUCUUUACAAACAAGUCCAAGUCCACAAAUGACAUCGGUCUAACGCCCACGGCCCGGCCUGGGGAGUGGGCCCUCGACUGCCGGAACAUCUGGCCGCCGGAAUACGAGACCGCAAACGAAAGCAACGCAGCCAACGAGUUUUGGGGCCUGAUUGCCUUCUGCGGCGCAGCGGGGAGCUCGGGAUCGACUCGGAGGAUCGACGAGGCUUCAAGGAUCAUGUCCUUGGAAAACGAAACCACAAGAAACGGCUCCAGACUUUCUCCAGCUGAGGCCUUGUCCAGUCUUUGCGCAAAAGGCUCUGGUGACGGGCUAGGCUUCAUCGGUGAGUGGAGGGAGGAUCCAGCCCCCAGAAAGUCCAGAUCGAGAUGGCUCCAGGAUGGCUACGACGCAAUCUAA